AUGGUCGUCUCUGUUGAGAAAUAUUUUCCUACUACCGUCGCUUGCCAAGUCCACAAAAUUGCCCCUGUCAUUAAGAAAAAGUUGAUAGAAGCACAUAUGAGACUGUAUAGGAAAAUGACCUUUGGUCCUCUGUUGGAUAUAGAUCUUGUUUUCAAUAGACAACUUUUGCACCACUUUCUAUUAAGGGAGGUAGUAGAUGCGAACCUAGACUUUAUUUCAUUCAACAUUCUAGGGAAAAAGGUAAUAUUCUCCCAAGAGGACUUUAACUUGAUAAUUGGGUUGUGGUCGACCAAGGAAACAGUGGAAAGAAAAAAAAGUGAACGACUGCGAGAACUCAUUCUUGGACCCAAGGACCCAAAUGGAAAGGAUAGUUCUUGCAAGGAUGUGGAGAUCGCCUUCGAGAAUUUCAAUUUUACUAAUGACGAAGAUGCUUCAAGCAUGAAGACUAUCAUGUACGGGAAGAAGGAGGCAUAUGAUUCAAAGAAAGAAAAAGGUGAUCACCAUGCCUCACAUUACUGUAUAAAGGGAUUCGUACUUGCUUUCCAGGGUUGGGCUUAUCAAAUUUUAUCCACAUCAAGUAAGUUCAUAGCCACCAAAAUCAGCAAGGAUGAAAUUCCUAGAAUUCUUAGAUGGACUUGUUCUCGUGCUUCAUCUUAUAAAUCAUUGAGCAAUAAAGUUUUCCACUCAAAAAAGACUAUUGUUGUGUCAAAACUUGUACCUAGCACAGAGGAGUUAAGGUACAAGGACAACUGA